AUGAAUACUCUUAUCUCCACAUUGGACUACAGGCUACAUGUAACCGUCAAACUCCCUUAUAUAACUUGUGGCUGCCAGGAUAUGACCUCAUUCAUGUUCCAAGCCCUGGGUAUGGAUCCACCUCCGAUGCUGCCAGUCAUGCCUCAGUCUCUGAGAGAGCACCUCUACCCUGGAGCCCGGGAGCAACAACAGCUGAUGCUCCAGAAGCGGCUGCAGCUGCAGCAGCAGAAGCAAAGAUACCUCAACUACCUGAUGACCCAGAGGCAGCGACAGACCAUGCAAACAAUGAAAGUGAUGAGGGACCAGCCUCGCAAGAUCACGGACGCCAAGGCGGCCGGCUGUAAACUUCCAGUGGAUAGUGCGGCAGCCAGUGUGUUGAUGUUUGGUGACUGCAAGAAUCCAGCCGCUAGAAUGGUGUGUCAGGCCGAACUGAUGACGUGUAUGAACGUUGGGAUGGCCGCUAUGUGUUGUCCUUACGGAAUGAACAGACUGGCAAUGGACACGAUCAGCUACGUCGACAAAAUGCAACAGUUCAUGGCAGAACUUGCCUGA